AUGGGUGACAUAACGACCCCCGUAGUCGUUGAUAACGGAACAGGAUUCGUCAAAGUAGGCUAUGCAGGCUCGAAUUUCCCUGAUCAUGUGUUUCCGUCGAUCGUCGGUCGGCCCAUUCUGCGGACGGAAGAGCGUGAUGCCAUAUCAGCGACGGGUAUUGAAGUGAAGGACCUGAUGGUCGGCGAGGAGGCCGAGGCUGUUCGCACAUACUUACAAGUCACGCAGCCUAUGGAACACGGCAUUGUCAAGGACUUUGAAGAAAUGCGGCACGUUUGGAACUACACAUUCGACGAGAAGCUCCGCAUUGACCCACGCGGGCGCAAGAUCUUAUUAACCGAGCCGCCGAUGAACCCGAAAAAGAACCGCGAGGAAAUGUGCCGCAUCAUGUUUGAAGAGUACGGUUUCGAUGGCGUAUACGUAGCGAUCCAGGCCGUCCUCACACUGUAUGCGCAAGGGUUGCAAACGGGCGUUGUCGUCGACAGCGGCGAUGGCGUCACACACAUUGUUCCUGUGUAUGAGGGCUUUGCCAUGCCACAUCUGACGCGUCGCUUGGACGUGGCUGGCCGCGAUGUGACGCGGCACCUGAUCAAGCUCCUUUUGCUUCGUGGAUAUGCAUUCAACCGAACUGCCGACUUUGAAACCGUGCGGCAGAUCAAGGAGAAGCUAUGCUAUGUGAGCUACGACCUCGAUCUCGAUAAACGCCUUGCCGAUGAAACAACCUCCCUGGUUGAGACGUACACACUUCCCGACGGACGUGUAAUCCGUGUGGGCUCAGAGCGCUUUGAGGCGCCCGAGUGCUUGUUCCAGCCGCAUCUCAUUGGCUUGGAGCAGACAGGUAUGGCCGAGAUGCUCUUCCAGACAAUCCAGACAGCUGCAAUGGAUGUGCGUCCUGAACUAUACAAGCACAUUGUCCUUAGUGGUGGCAGCAGCAUGUAUCCAGGCUUGCCUAGCCGCCUCGAAAAAGAAAUGAAGCAGCUGUAUCUAUCACGCGUGCUUCACGGUGAUGGCUCUCGUCUUGGCAACUUGAAGAUCCGCAUCGAAGAUCCACCACGUCGGAAGCACAUGGUGUUCCUGGGUGGCGCUGUCCUAGCGGACAUUAUGAAAGGUCGAGACAGCUUCUGGAUCGGUCGACAGGAAUGGUAUGAGCAAGGACCACGCGCGCUUGAGCGCCUUGGUAGAUAA